AUGUAUAUAUAUAUAUUCUGUAGCCUUGCUUCACUAAUUUUCUCUAUCUUCAGGGGAGAAAUUGGAAGCUGGAUUGCCUUCGUUGCGGUUAUCUUGCGACUCUUUUUCCCUAAACGAUUCCCAGAAUGGGCUGAAUUGCCGGCUGCGCUGAUUCUUCUGAUGAUUGUGGCUCCGAGUUUAAUUGCAACCACUGUGAGGGAUGACUGGAUCGGAGUUGCAAUAUGUCUCGUCAUUGCAGCUUACUUGCUGCAAGAACACAUCCGGGCAUCCGGUGGAUUCAGAAACGCUUUCACACAACCCCAUGGCAUAAUCUGUCUGUUCAUCUACCCUGUUUGGGCGUUGGUCCUUGACAUCCUAUAGUUCCCUGCACUCUCUUAUUCUUUUGGACAUUGUAUUCUGUGAUUUUUCGUAAUUCAAUUUGUUUGGACUCUAAAUUAAAGUUGUUGUAUUCUUUUCAUACAUGUAUUACUCUCUGAGCAGAAACCCCGUGCAAGACACAAUUUUCUUUCAUGGUGAAGAAGCACAAUAUUUGGCCCAAAGGAUUCUUGAAA